AAUUUUGUUUGCUUCCAUCAUACACCAACUAGCUAUUCCGCAACAAAGAUCUCAGAUACUUUUGGCUAACUUUGAUUUCUUCGGUCAACAUCAAUACCAGUUUUUUGGUGAAUCAAAUUCAGCAUGCACGUCCGUGGUUAAGAAAGUCGGGACUGAACAAAGCAGACAUACACAUGCUGAUAAAUAAAUACUGAAGUUGUCGCGUUCAUAAUGUUUACACUGGAGUGAUAUGGUUGAAACUUCUCGUCGUUCAUAUCAGUGAUAGUCUGGAAAAAUAAAUGAAAAAAAAUGCCGUUCAACGUGGAGUAUAUGACACCGUACCAGAAGUACUUGUAUAAAGAGAGAAGCCCUUUAGAUAGAACAUCACAAACAUACAACUCAAGUGUAUUCCAAAGUGCCCCGAAUGCUGGUGGAGUUGUAUUUGUUAGCAAUGCCGCUACGAAUCAUGGGAACAAUCACGAUGAAAAUAUCAAGGCACCGUGGGGUCGAUCAAGAAGUUACGCUGGCGAUGGACCUAUAUAUUUACCGACAGAACACAGGCCAAAAUGUGAACCACCACCAGUACUUCAGAGAACGCAUAAGCACUUUGGCAGUGGUGGGAGUCUUUUUCCUCAUCCCAGAGGAUAUCCUUUCGUUCAAUAUUACGACUUGACCCAGCUGAAGAGAAGUGACGUGAGAAGCAGCGACGAAUUGAUACCAAGACCAUCCACAAGUCAAUUGCACGACAAACAGAUCAAAGUGGAUUUUCCACAAGAACACCCCCUCAGUUCACACAUGUCCAGACAAGAGAUGUUUCCUAAAUUUGAAGUUCCUACAGUUGAUCCUUUGAGCAACGAAGAUGAUCCAGGUGCGACAGUCGAAGAAACCUCUCUUCCCCAACUAGUUCCUGUCCCCAACCCUACCGUUGUUGUUCAAAAGAUUAUGGGGAAUUUCGCACGAAGGGAGAUUUUCACCCCGCAGGCGGGUGCCGUACGACGUCCUCUCACCAUGGGUCAUAGAAAAAUAGAGCGCCUCAAGAUCGAGAAUCCUUGGUUUUCGCAACACGAAGUCAUGACGGAGUUCAACAAGCAACACCCUACUGUGAUUCCAAAAAUUGACUUAAAUAUUCAAAAAAAGAAACAACCCAAUUGGCUUGUUAAAAGCGUGGAAUAGUUUAUUUUAAACUAAUUUAUAUAAUAAGUAUUUAAAAUAUGUUGCUGUGGGUUGCCGUUGCAUGUAAUGGAAAUGACGAUAAAAUCACUAGAAUUUUGCCUCUUUGGGAAUUGUUUAACUUCCUGUGUGUUGACUGUUGUUAAAAUUUUUGUUUUAAUUUUAUUCAGCGCAUGGUGUUUCUUUCAACUGUUGUAAAAAUGGUUGGAAAAUAAUAAAAUAGAAAUAUAUUGAUGCAACAAUUAUUUUUGCCAAAAGGGGCC